GAAUUCUAGUUCAAACUGUACCUCACCAAAUGGCUCAACACUUACCAUGUAUGGUACACAACAUCGUUUUAAAAUCAGCCCAAAUACAUAUCACGAUCUGGAAAACGGAAAUAGUUUGACUACUACAAGUAUUGGUCCUCGUCCGGAUACAGAUCUAGACUCAGCAUUCCCACCGAAAAAGCUAUACACUGACGAUAUACCUGUUCUAGAAUCAUUUCCCGGUUUUUACGGUUUCGAUCUUUAUCGACCAUUAUGUGGUGAUACUUAUGAAGCAAGUGAAACAAAACCGAGUACUGCAUUUUUUUAUUUUAAAGAUGAACAAGGAUGGACAAAUUUGUAUGCGAAGAAAACACCUACAUGGUGGACAUUAUCCUAUUGGUGUCAACGUAAACCCCCAGAAGGUUCAUUCAUUCGUUUAACACCAGUUUAUGGGGCAUCAGACAAACAACAGGAAGUAAUCCAGAGAUGUUUUGAAGAUUUUAUGGCGAUUCCAACCACUGGAAUGGGUCGUUACAGUAUAGUAAUGGUUGGUAAUUCAUUAGCUGAAUACUUUUUUGAUCCAAUAACAGAACGAUUAUGCGUUACUUUACCAUAUGAAACACCUAAAGAAGGAUGUGAAUAUAGUCAGUUCAAUGGGAAAUUUAUGUGUUUCAAUAGUUGUUUAUAUAAUGGUGGUCAAGGGAACAAGAAACCACUCUUCUUAAUCAUAACUUUAGAACGUUUAAUAACUGGGUCUGAUCCAAGUAAGGGACAUUGUGAAGUACUUGGACGUCAGUGCAUCAAAUUUCGUAGUUGCGCAUGUCCUAAACGAGAUAAAGAGAAUAACGAAAGACGUACUGGAGAUUCCUUAGUAAUUGGUACUCCUUCAUUAGGUAAACGCAGGAAGGAAUCAAACGAUCGUAAUGAUCGACAGGUCAAACGGAUACGUUCAAAUCAAAGACCAUCAUCAGUAUGUAAUAUAAAUAAUAUAACUAAUGCCAGCAUUCAAAAUAAUAAUGGGGUAAAUUACGAAAAAGAUACCAAUGUGUUACGUGAACAUAGCUGGUUAUCACCAAAUAAUGAAUAUUUUAUAAAUGAUGAGAAGUGUCCAAGUGAACCGAAUGGAUUUGACGACAUAUUUGAUUAUUAUGGACAAGAAAAUGAUUAUGAUGGUUAUGGACAGAAUACAAUUCACUUCAAUGGAGAAUCAUACAAUCUCUUAUUAGUUCCGACAAAUUUACCUGGGGCUGUCGAAACAUUAUCGAGUGUACGUUAUGGUUUGUUACGUGCAUGGAUAUAUGCACUAGCUAAACAUCAUUAUCAUCAUCAUAAUCAACAAUAUCACAUGAUAAUGAAACAAUCACCCUUAACAAAUGAUUUAAACAACAGAAAAGAAACCAAAAGUGACACUAACAUUAAUAAUCAUACCUCAUCAUUAAACAUUACAAAUAACGUGAAUACUAAUAUGAUGGUAGGUAAAAACACUACAGAAAAACGAUCAGAUACUUCAGAGAGUCGAUACUACCCUACAGUAUCUGGAAAUUAUUCACACUCGUAUAAUCGUGCCGUAAUUGGAAGCACUCUGAAUCAUUGGCUUAAAACGGAGUCACACCUAGCUGCUCUAGUACGUGAAAGGAUUAAUUUAUUGAACAUGUAUCAACAAACUUAUCACUUUAGCGGUGAUUCUACUGAUUCACAGCCGAAUUCUACGUUAUCUACUGGCGCUAUGGGAUUUAACGGUACAGGAAAUCUAGAUGAACCAGUUAAUAUAUUAAAUCAAGACUACUUUAAUUCAUCUAAUAUGAAUGGAUCAGUAGGUAGUGAAUUGAUGAAUUCAAAUUUACCACGUAAUUUGUCUAAUCAUCAAACGAAUAUAAUGCAAAAUAUGGCUGCGUAUAUUUUAUCAUCUACUAGUACAAAUACUACUACAUCUACUACUACAACUGCUACGUCUAUAAAUAAUAUCGGUAAUCGUGGGUUCAUUUAUAAUACACCAAAUGCUGUUGAUACAAAUUGGUCAUAUGAAACAGAUUCUGAUUUAAGAACUGGUCAAACAUCUCAUACAGAUCAGUUAUACGAAUCAACUCACCAAGGAUUGAUCAUAGGCAAUAACAGUAAUAAUAGUACUCUACAUGUUGUAUCAGAAUUAAUUGAUCCUUAUGCACUAGUUCAACACUUACCUCAGUCACUUUCAUCAUCCUCACCAGUUCAUCAACAUCAUCACAUUCAUUCACACCAUAUACAUUCUGCACAUGUUCAAUCACAGCAUAAUCAUCAAAUUCAUCUUCAUCAAGGUAUGAAUAAUUCGACUUCUAUAUCUGAUACAAAUGAUAAUCAUUCAUCAGCAUUUACAACAACUGCAUUAAUUUCUGAUAAUACAAUGAACAAUAAAUCAUUAACACUUAAUACAUGUCUCCUUCCUCAAAUAACACCAACGACAACGACAACAGUAACGGAUACAGGAACAAUAGGGACAACAAAUUUUGGUCAUGAUUUUAAUACAUCAAAUUUUUAUACUACAGCCUACUUUAAUCUUACUAAUUCCAAUGCUAAUGCUGAUAAUAAUAGUAAUGGAAGUAAUAAUAAUGUUAUAGAUUGUACUAAUGCUAAUCAAUCAAAUGAUAUGACAAAUCAAAAUUCCACUUUAAUUGACUCAUUAUCACGACCUGGUAUACCAUCGAAUUUAAAUCAUCGAAGUAUGUCACAAAAUUCCACAUUAUGUAACUAUCAGUUAACAAAUCAUACUAAUUUAUCUGAAUCACUUUUAUUAUCAGAAGAAUUGUUACAUAAUUGUCUGGACAAUAAAAAGAAAUGUUAUGAUGAACCAGAUGGUGUUCAUUCUAUACUAACUAAGCAUUUAAGAAAUACAUCAUUUUGUUUAUCAUCUACACGAUCCCCUGAAUCAUGUGGAGCUGAGAAAUUUGUUAAAUUAGAAAUCUAGAGAGAAAAAAAAGUUUUCAAAUGAAAUAAUACUGACAUAUAUUGGUUACUUUAUUAUUCAUUCAAAUUAUCAUAUAAAGUCAAUAUAAACUUUAAUUCACUCUAAUCAACUGACACAUUCUAAUCAAAUGAUUUGAUAUUUAUCCAGUCAUUAUUUACUUGGUCUAAUCAUGUCAAUAAGACUGUUCUUUCUUUCUUUCCAAAAAAACACAAAAACAAAACAAAACAAUAAAGAUCUACAAAUUAUUUCCAUCUAUUCAAUCUUUUAUAUACCACAAGUUUUCAUUUAUUCUAUUCAGGCAUAUGUAUGCACAUGCAUUUGUAAAAUUAAAAAUGAAAUACUUAAAGUAACAUGUAACUAACACUACUUGUCUUCAUUACAUAUUAUAUAUCAAUUUCAAUAUCAUUGUUUACUAUCAUCAUAUUGUACAAGAAUAUGUACAUUAUAAGCAUUAAAGUAUAAACCAGUUAUUUGGUUUGUUUUAUCUUUUUUUUAUUAUCUGUAAUUUCUUUUUGGUAUUUUAUUGGCUGUCGCAUUUAUUGUCCGCCUUGUGUCAUUAUCAUUAUUAUCAUUAUCACAUGAACUCUUUUAGGAUUUCUAAUGGAAUUCAGUUUCUUUUUUUCAACUUUACUGUCAUUUAAACAACAACAACAUCUAAGCAUUCAUCUAUUCUUUCUUUUAAAAAAAUUAAUGCUUUUAGAAACAUUCCAAAAUGAAUACAUUGAAGUAAUGGUAUUCUAUUGUUCAUUUUCUUAAACUCACUCAAUUUUUUUAGUACUAAUACGACUAUUAUUAUUAUUAUU